AUGGAUUCUGAUCGCGAUAGCGAUGAUUGUGAGUAUGAAACGACUGAACAGCGAACUAAUGAACGUCGUAUUGAAUAUCAAUUGGAUGAAUUUCUUAAUAAAUGGAAAAAAGAAAUUCAACAACGAACUGUUUAUGGACAUGUGAUUAAUGAUAAACAAAAACAAGACCCCGAAAAAACUAUCAAUGAAGAAGAGCAGGCUAUACAUUUUUUUCAACGUGCCAGUGACUUAGAACGCGAAGGAAAGUUAUAUGAUGCUAUCAAAUAUUAUCGAGCUGCUAUGCAAUUAGUACCUGAUAUUGAAUUUCGUAUGGCUCGCAAAGGACAACAACCAGUGACAACAAUGGAAUCAAACAAUCAAAAUGAGAAUAAUGAUAAAGCUAAUAAUAAUAAUACAAAUGAAGUAUCUGAACAUGACCAAAAUCUUAUUGAUGCAUUACAACGUGCUCAUCUAGAUGACGGUGAACUUUCAGCUAUAUGUGUUAAAAAUUUUCCUCAACAAGCUACACAUAUGUCAUGUCUUCCAUCGGAAGUAUUAAUUUACAUAUUGCGAUGGGUUGUCUCAUCAGAUUUGGAUAUUCGUUCAUUAGAACAAUGUGCACGUACAUGCCGAGGUUUUUAUUUAUGUGCACGAGAUCCUCAAUUAUGGAAAAUGAUUUGUUUGAAAACAUGGGGUGUUCAAACUGGAAAUACAUCUACUAAUGUCAAUUGGCGUUAUAUGUUUAUCAAUAGACCACAUGUAGUUUUUAACGGCGUAUAUAUCAGUCGAACAUCAUAUAUUCGUCAAGGUGAACAAUCGUUAGAUACAUUUUAUUCACCAUGGCAUCUAGUAGAAUAUUAUCGAUACAUGCGAUUUUUUCCUGAUGGUAUUGUUGUGAUCUAUACAAGUGCUGAUGAACCUCGUAUAUCAGUUGCUCGGUUGAAGAAUCGAUAUUCAAUUCGUGAUCCUGCACUUAUAUAUGGAAAUUAUCGUCUACAAAACGACCGAGUAAUAAUUGUAGCAAAACGUAUUUCUCAACGAACUUUAACUAUGAAUAAUCCACAGCGACGUGGUGUUAGAGAUUCGCAAAUAUCCGAUAUUGAACAAAUCAUGGAUAUGGAAUUUGAAAUGUGUGAUGCUGGAAAGAAAAAACAUCAUCAACUUAUAUGGACACAUUAUGAAAUUAAAUCCAUUGAUAAACGAACUGGUGAUGAACGUUCAAACCUACUUGAUGCAGCCAACGAUCGACAUGCGUAUCCGCCAAUGAUCUUUUCACGAGUUAAAAGUUAUUCUCUUGCAUCAGAACAAUUACUCAAAUGA